AGCCGCGCGGGGCGCUCUGGGAUUGCCUCCCGCUCCGGUCCUCCUGUUUCCCAUCCUGCCCUCGGCCCGCCUGAAUGGGGCAGAUGCAAGAUGGCGGCGAAUGCGAACUCGGCGGGAGGCGGCGGCCUCUCGCUCUUCGAGUGCCCUAGCUGGGCAGGGAAGCCUCCGCCUGGCUUACAUCUGGAUGUAGUCAAAGGAGACAAACUCAUUGAGAAACUCAUCAUUGAUGAGAAGAAGUAUUAUCUUUUUGGGAGAAAUCCUGAUCUAUGUGAUUUUACCAUUGACCACCAGUCCUGCUCUCGGGUCCAUGCUGCCUUGGUCUAUCACAAACAUCUCAAGAGGGUUUUCCUCAUAGAUCUAAACAGCACACAUGGCACGUUCUUGGGUCAUAUCCGUUUGGAAGCUCACAAACCUCAACAAAUACCCAUUGACUCCACGGUUUCAUUUGGCGCUUCUACACGGGCAUAUACGCUGCGAGAGAAGCCUCAGACACUGCCAUCAGCAGUUAAAGGAGAUGAGAAAAUGGGUGGUGACGAUGAAGAGCUCAAGGGCUUGCUGGGCCUGCCAGAGGAGGAAACAGAACUUGACAACCUGACAGAGUUUAAUACAGCCCACAACAAAAGAAUUUCCACACUAACCAUAGAGGAAGGAAACUUGGAUAUUCAGAGACCAAAGAGAAAACGGAAGAACUCCAGAGUGACGUUCAGUGAUGAUGAUGAAAUCAUUAAUCCAGAGGAUGUGGACCCAUCUGUUGGGCGUUUCAGGAACAUGGUACAGACAGCAGUAGUCCCUGUUAAGAAAAAACGGUUGGAGAAUCCAGGCUCACUGACCACAGAUGAUUCUGCAUCACGGCGCAUGCAAAACUUUCCCUACAGUGGAGGAUUGUAUGGUGGUUUACCUCCAACUCACAAUGAGGCAGGUUCCCAAUCGCAUGGCGUCCAUGGGACAGCACUCAUUGGUGGUCUGCCGAUGCCCUACCCUAAUCUUGCCCCAGAUGUGGACUUGACUCCUGUUGUACCCUCAACAGUUAACAUGAACCCUGCUCCAAACCCUGCUGUCUUUAAUCCUGAAGCUGUGAAUGAACCCAAGAAGAAAAAGUAUGCAAAGGAGGCAUGGCCGGGCAAGAAGCCAACCCCUUCCUUGCUGAUCUGAGUAGGGUUUUGUUGAGGGAGGGUGGGAGUUAUGAACUUCAGAAACUGUUUAUGUGCAGUAUCGUCUUUUUAAAAUUUCAGUGUCCUAACCACAUGUAAUAUCAAGAUUGGAGAAGUGAAAUAUCCUUUAAAGAUCUGUCUUCAAAUGUUUUUAUAUGUACGUUUAAGAAAAUACAGCUCCCAUCUCCUUUUGAACCAAAACAUCUGGCAGCCUUUUCUUAGCCGUUACUGUCCCGAGGUCUUUACUCUGAACUUUGAUCCAUAAAUUGAAGGGGCAGAGUCACACAGUUACCAUUAAUGGCAUGACCCUGCAAGUAUAUGUAUCUAGGUAUAGCGCUUACUAUGAGUAAUGUCAUUCCUGUUGGGCUUGCCCAUAGCAGUUCAGCUGUAUCGGAAGUAAACGUUUGCUGGGUCGAGCCUUUCAGAAAUCACAUUGAUAUGAGUUCUAAAACUUGCGAAAUAUAGGUCAGUUUUAAUUUUAUUUUACCUUUACAAAAUCCACUAUUGUGGUGGAUUCUCUCUCUUUUUUCUUUUGUUUUUUUUUUUUUAAGUUGAGAUGCAAUUUUUUUUAAUUGCCACCUAAAACACUACAGCAUCCCACUAGUUCAUGAAAACCUGGAGUUAAAAUGGACAAGAAAUAGGUAGGGUUCCUGAGCUGUGGUCCAGUAUGGUACAGUAAAGUGCUGUUUGGAUGGAUACAUGAAUGCAUACAUGGAUGGAUCUGAGCUUGCGUUGGUGCUAAUGGCAGCAUGCAAGCAUGGUGAGCCUGGGAACCUUUGACUGGGUGAUUGCCACUAUCCGCACUGUACAAGUAAUAAACAACAAAGCAGUGAUAAUCCUUUCCACUGUGGUAACAUAAGGCGGAGAUAACACAGAGGAGAAUGCUUUCUUUUAAACUCCAUGGCCCUUCUAAUUCAAAUAACUUCAUUUUUUAUUUGGAAACGGAAGCCGUGAGAUUAGGGUAUGUAUGAGAUUCAACAGGGCACAAGUAAAAGUGAGCAGCCAUCAGGAAUGUUAGAGGACUUGCAUAUCUAACAGCUGAAACCACAAUAUGCACAAUAUUUUAUUUUCGGCUGCUAGUAACUGCAGGUGAGAAAUGAGAGCUGUUUAAAGCUAGAAUAUGAAUUCUCAGAAGAGAAUCUGCCUCACCUUAAGUAAAGCGGUCCCCAGGUUGGCUUUGUAACCUUACAUUUCUUUUUACUACUUCAUCACUUUUUCCCAUUGAAUAAAAUGAGGAGUUUGAUUUGGAUAGUUGCUCCAGCCCUUCAAAUUUAUUUCUUGCAAUUCUUGCAAUUUUUACGUUGCAAAAUCUGAUUCAAAUGUAUUCAGAUGCAGUGUCUUUACUUUACAUAAGGUAAGGCCAGAGCUCUGUUUUUCUUAGAUUUAUUCUGGAUUUUUUACAUUGUAUAAUGCAGUUCAGCUGUGUAGUCACAUUCCUUUGUUUGGGGGAUUCCUCCAGGAUAUGUCUGCUGAAGUGACAGUAGUAUCCCCAGCCAUUCAUUAAUGUGUACAUUAUUGUAGCUACCUGGCAAACUAGUGUUGUGAAAGCCUGAAGGUUGUUGGAGCAAGGCUGUUUUCUAACGCAUCUUGUCUGCCAUAUGCACUUGAGCUGUUUUGGACAGAUGCUCCAAGAUCAGUGUGACUUCUGCAUCUGCAGAGUGAUUGCUUCUAUCAUGUUAUUGCGGAAAAAAUGAGCUAGUAGCUACCCCACCCAAGAAUGAUGCCUUGAGGGACUGGUAGGUUUCCCCCUCCCCCUUCAUAUCUACCUGAAAAUACUAUGUGGACGAAUGCAGUAACUUCUCUGUGACAUAGUUGUGCAGCUCUCUGUUUAGGUUGCUAUUGAAAAUGAUUCAGUCCUCAGGCAUUCUUGUUCCAGACACUCCAUACUGACUGUUUAAAUCUUUCUCCCUUGAUUUUUAGGUUUGCUUCUUUCCAGGAUGUAAAAUUUCCUUUUUCCUGCCAGUCUGUUUUAUGAAGGCAACUUUUUAGGGUAAGACUAGUUAGGGCAAGUAAAAGUUGAACAGGACUUUUAUUUUUUCCUUCCCUCUUUCUUUCUUUCUCCCGCUUGCUCUCUGCCUCUUUCUCCCGUUCGCUCUCUGCCUCUUUCUCCCUCUUUCUUUGUCUUGCAAUUUCUCCACCUCCCCCCCCCCCUUUUUUUUCUUAGUAGCUCUUUGCAAGUUCUUUCUCGGAAAGGGGAACUUUAUUGCUCGUUGUUUUUAAAGCUCUUCUCCUCCCUGGAUUUGUACAAGCUCUCAUUAUUUCAGAGCUUAGAGGCCAUAGCUGGCCAGUACAGGAGGGGACAGUAUAACAUCCAGGGGCUUUGUACAGAAGUUUGUACACUUGUGUAAUAUGUAAUAGGCCUUUUCACUCUUUCUGUUGAGCUUUUUACCUGUAACCUUUAUUAUGUUGUAAAUUAAAUGCAGAUUUUGCCA